ACUGCAGAGUUGGCCCUGUCCAAUCUGAAAAUGAAGUACGAGACGGAGAAGAGCAUGGUGUCAGAGACCAUGAUGAAACUGCGCAACGAGCUAAAGGCCCUGAAGGAAGACGCUGCCACCUUCUCUUCCCUGCGAGUCAUGUUUGCCAGCCGGUGUGACCAGUACGUCACGCAGCUGGACGAGAUGCAGAGGCAGCUGGCGGCGGCCGAGGACGAGAAGAAGACCCUGAACUCCCUGCUGCGGAUGGCCAUUCAGCAGAAGCUGGCUCUCACUCAGCGCCUGGAGGACCUGGAGACCCCUCUGUCUCCUCACAGCCUCAACAGCAGCCCCCGCCGCUCCCGGGCCAAAGAGCUGGCCACCAAGUCGGGUCGGGCUGCACGAAGCCCCCGAAGCAGUCCCGCUCGCCCCCCGCUGAGGAGCAGCCCCCGGGCGAGUCCUGUGCUCGGAGGCAGCGUCUCCGGCCUGGCCACGCACCACCUGAGAGGGUUAACCCGGAGCCUCCACACCAGCCCCCGCUGAGACGCUCCUCCCAUUACUCCAACCCCCCUCUUCUCCAUAAGGACCAUGUCGACCCCCGGCUCCCUCCUCCUGUCCACCCCAGAUUCGAUGCCAGAACAUUCCCCAUGGAUUUAAGUUACAAAAUAAAAUCUCUCAUCCUGCUCUCUUGGUCUCCUCUGCUCGGAGCGGAGGGACCUGCAUGCAGGUCAUUGUGACCUCAUUGACCGUGUCUUGUCGUCUCAAGCGGAUCCCAUCUGGUCUUGUUGUGUGUCGUGGAGAACCAUUGGCAGUAUUUAUUCCAGAGACUGUUCCUGUGCAGUACUCCCUGUCGUCCUGCAGCCCUUGAUUCAGUUUAAGGCUGUCUUUACACUCUUGCCUUUUAGUCUGGCGUCCUGUCCAGGUCCGUCCGUGCGUCCUUUAGUGUCUGUAAGCCAGUAGAUCCUCGUGAUAAGUCCCAGGUAGUUGUUUAUGUAGAACAAUGCAGCCUUACUAAAAUACUUGCUCUCCCAUAAGUAGCUGCUAUCAUGUUUAGGUGGCUCCCUUUCACCGGUGGUGCAGUAAUAUCCCCCUGAAAGUCCUUUUAAACUCAUGAGCCACACCCUUUGACUAUAGGUCAGUAAACACGCUUUUUCACUGAUGGAAAUAUAACAGCCAUUAGAUCCCCCACUGAGGUCAAAUGGAGUAAUCAGUUACAUGAUUUGGGACGUCUAAUGCACGUCUUACUUUGCACAUUAUGCAGACCAAGUGAGGACAGUGCCUGUGUAAAUCCUGCCUCAUGUAUACUGCUGUUCAACCGGUUAGCAUCACUGACAAUAAGCUCAUUUUGGAAGUCAUCAUUUGCAGGCAUCCCAUUGGCUGUGACUUCCUGCUUGUUGGGCCAUGCACAUUUCUCUCGGUUGCAUAAUCAUAGUUACAAUGUUCUCACUCCUUCAACAAUACUCAUGCGUUUGUAUUCCAUCGUUUAAUGUCGCCAUGCUUUGUCUGCUACCAAAGUUAGCAUGUUGUCAUGAGCUAACAUCACCCUCAACAAAGCUAGAGUUCUCCCCAUGUGGCUACAGUUAGCUCCUAGUGCUAGCAGGCUGCUGUUAGAGUUGCUGCUUGUAGAAAAACUAAAUAUGAAUACGAUCCCUUAACGUAUGAGGUUAAAGAAAGAAUAAUAAAUACAAACCAAAAUAUGUCUAAAAAGAGAACCGUACAUUGCUUUGCUUUCCACAAGUCUGAAGAGCAAAGAAAAGACACGAAUAGGAAACAUUUCAAGCGCUCGUUUCUGACGACACCCCAACGGGUUGCUAAUAGAGUAGUUUAAUUUGAGCUGUGACUUGAGGACAGCACGUUAACACUGGUACGGUCACAACAUCUGGCUCAUUGAAUGCAGUUGAAGUCGAGUUGAGACUAAUCAUGAUGCUAAAGAACACAUUUGAAAACAUGUUUAAAAAAGGAAAACUGAACGCGGAAACACGUUGACACCCGUUUUCAACUGUCCUGUGGUUUAGUCGACGAGGCCACAUCCUGCUGAUUUCUUUUCUUAGUGCCUUGGUUUUGAUCUUGUCUGUUGUUUUUAGACUUCACACUUUCUAAAUAGAGGUUACUAUUCAACACUGUAGUUGUGAUUUUUGGAAGGAUUGUUUUAUUUACUUUUGAGGAAACUCAUAAAGCAGUGUUAGCACUGAAUCAAAGCGAUAUCUCAUUUUGUUGAAAUACUUCCCCUUUUUAGCCCUCCUAUGAACUUGUUAGUGUUAACAGUAAAAUCAAGAGCAUAAUGUAUGAAGAACAUUAUAGAUUAAAGGUCGCUAAAAAGUGGGAACGUUCUAACAUUUUGUCCUGUUGCUUCGAAGGUUGUAAAUGGAUUUCUUGAUCUAUUUAAUUCACUCUGUGCAGUUGUGUGUAUAAUUUAAUUACCAUUGUUGUAUAAUAUUUUAAGCUGUAUUUAUGUGGUCUGCGUUCUGUGUAAAUUGUUCUGAAGGGACGACAUGCACACACUCCCCACAACACAUUUCAUGGUCACCUUUUAUGUGAAUGCAAUGUCCUUUCCUUGACCUGUGAACCACUUUUAUCAUGAAGAAUAAAAACAAGACAGCACUGAA